AUGGGCAAUACAAGUAAGAAAUUAGCAGCUAAAUGUACUUUACUGACUAAAGAGGAACAGAAGUAUGUAGCAGCAACUUUUCGGGCAGCAAGUAAAAAUUCUGAGAGAAUUCGUGAGGAGGAUCUCAUCAAAUUCUGGGGACCACAGAUAGACCCGAGACUGGCACAGUACUUGACAAACUUUUUAUUUGGAUCUGGACAACAGAAGACGGCGACAUGUGACUUCAAUAGAUUCGCGGAGUUAUACGUAUUCAAUGUUAGAGGCACAGUGGAAGAACGCUUGGCCGUGACAUACAAUUGUUUGGGCAAGGACUUCAACGAGGACGUGGAACUGCCUUACCAACUUCUUAAAGAGUUCUGCGAAAGCAUAGCAUCAACAUACAUCAAGAUUGUGAAGUCUUCCACAUCUAAGAGAGCUAGGAUCUGGAUCGACAAAGGCUUCAGAGCCAGUGCCUCUUGCGUGCAGGCUUUGGGUGAGGCUUUAGCGACGACUGUUGGUGGUGACCUGGAGUCGCCACAUCAUCAUUGCAAUGCCCAACAGUUGUUGAAAUGGCUAGAAACAAACAUUCUUUUAAAGCAACUUUCGGAAUUGGUAUUUGUGAACCUGUACGGCAUCAACUCGCGAUCGGGAGAUGAAAGCCCGACGCCGCUUCCGCCGGCCACGCCCACUAUGCUGCCAGCAUCCGAAGGUCUAGAGGUAAUGCCAGAUUAUCCAGCGUUCAUAGACCUGUCUCAUAUCGUGUGGAUAAACAGUCACCUGCCCCAGAAGUUCCAGCAUAAAUGGCGGUUUUUAUUCUCCUCGCAUAUACAUGGGGAGUCAUUUUCUACUAUGGCAGGACGUAUCCAAGAGCAAGGACCCUCCAUCCUCAUAAUAGAGGACACCAACGGGUUCAUCUUUGGGGGAUUCGCCACCGCGGACUGGGCUUGGAGCCCUAACUGGUCGGGCACUGAUGAUUCCUUCCUCUUCACCUGUGCUCCCAGAAUGCGCAUUUACCCAGCGACCAAUUAUAACGACCAUUAUCAAUAUAUGAAUCAUCAUACGAAGACUCUGCCCAAUGGUUUGCUAAUGGGUGGUCAGUUGGAGUUUGGUGGUAUAUGGCUGCCCGCGGAACCCUUCGGUGAGGGUAAUUCAGCGGAAUCUUGUUCCACAUUCCGUGGAUACAAGAGACUGAGCAAGGAACCCCAUUUCCGUAUCCGCUCGAUUGAAGUGUGGGGCGUUGGGGACAAACCAUCUUUGGAAAAGGAUGAGCUCCUAGCAGUAUCCGAGCGAAAUAGCCCUUUAGAUGCGCACAAGUCUGAGCUGAACUUCAUGCACAUGAUCGGCAAACCCGUGUACAGUGAGGACCUUCCCGAUCCCCAUAUAACCUAA